UGACAUCACAAUCAGUCACACAGUAGCGAUCUGUCCGCAGUGUGGAAGUAGUUGGUGGAGCGCACGCAAUCCAAUCCACUUUUUUAGCUACCAGACCAAUAUACAUUUGUGAGUUUGUUGUCCGCAUCGCUUGGACCAAUUGGAUAGGAUUUUUCUUCAUUUUAACAGGCUCCGACAGAAGCGCAGUCAGUGAAGGACGUUUGAAAACUGACGGUUUGAAUUACUGACUUCUGAUUAGUUCAGGAUUAAGUUCAAACCGGAAAAAAACACGGAUAUAGGUUUUGUUUUUACCAACGACAUAAGAUUAAUUUUAAUCAGCACAGACGGCAUGGCGAGAAAGGACGCUCGGAAUAAGCAUGACUUCACAAACAUCAUCGGACUGUUCAGCGUGGUCACGUUGCUGACUUUUCAAGGGGCGUUGUCUCAGCAGGUGAAGGUGGAACCGGAAGUGAUGUCUUACCCCAGCCAGGCGGUCAACCUGAGGUGUGCCUUCGCAGACGCUGGAGGGAUACAGCUCACACAGGUGUCCUGGAUCUAUGAGCCGAAGGAGGGCGAGCGGCUCAAUAUCGCAGUGUUCCACCCUAAAUUUGGGGCAAGUUACCCCACAUCGCCCUUGAAGGGGCGGGUCCGCUUCACGACGGAGCCCCCCUCCCUCAGCAACCCCUCCAUCCAGAUUUCGGACGUCAAGAUGACUGACGAGGGGAAAUACAUCUGUGAAUACGCCACCUACCCCAGCGGCAACGAACAGGGCGUCACCUCCCUCAUCAUGCUAGCCAAACCCAGGAACUCUGCCUCCGGGGUAACAGUGAUAGCCUCCACUGUCGCCGCGGGAGCCAAGCCAGUUGUCGUGGCCCGCUGUGAGUCGGCCGACGGUCGUCCUGCUGCCCAGAUUACAUGGGUGACGGCUGUCAACGGCAACGCUACCUCUGCCUCUACGGCGGGCGCUGACAACACCGUGACGGUAUCCAGCCAGUACAUGCUGGUUCCCACAGCAGCAGACAACGGCAAAGACAUCAGCUGUUUGGUGUCCCAUCGGACCCAGGCCAAGCCUGAGAGCUUCCUGAUGAAACUGGCCAUCGAAUACCCCCCACAGGUGACCAUCGUGGGCUAUGAUGAUAACUGGUACAUGGGUCGGACCAACGUGGCUCUGACCUGUCAGGCUACUGCCAACCCCAUCCCUACCACCAUCACAUGGAAAACUAUGACUGGUCAGAUGCCAGACACAGUGCAGGUAAAAGAAAACGUGCUGACCGUGCUGAAGGUGGACGAGCAGGCCAACACAACCUUUGUCUGCGAGGUCAAGAACCGCCUGGGCACCGGCAAGGACCAGGUCACUGUUAUGGUCAGAGAACCCUCUGUGGUCCCCUCCAACGCAGGCGUGGUGGCAGGUGCUGUGAUUGGCUCCCUUCUGGCCCUCCUCCUCGUCGCCGCCCUUAUCGCCGUCCUGGUCACCCGGAGCCGCCGGCAACAGCAGGGUUACCGCGGCAACCCAAACCACAGCUCCUACGACAUAAAGUCGCGCAUCUUCGGUGGCGGCAAGAAGGGGAGCAAGAACGGGACAGGUGCUGGCGCUGGGGGCAACGGGGUGGGCGGCAACAACAGCCCCAUCUACGUCUACAAGGAGGGCUCCGCCCAUGAUGGCCUGACUGACAAGGCCAAUCACCACGUGCCGCUACACCUGGGGGGGCGUGGUGAGGGGGGGGUUGCCACGGCACAGGACAUCCUGCUGAGCGGCGAGCUGGACGAGGCAGAGCGGAGGAAGUUUGACCAACUGGAGGACGACGAGGAGAGUUACGACCACUUUGGAAGGGGCGUGCCCAUCCUGCAGCUCCGCCCACCACAUGACCAGGACGGAAUCAUGGGCGGUUACCUUGAUGACGACAUGGAGUCUCAGCGAGACGGGUCGGUCAUCUCACGGACUGCCGUGUACGUGUAGAAAGAAUGGGAAGAGGAGGAGGAGGAGGAGGAAGGGGGAUGGAAGAAGGAAAGGAUGAAUGAAAAUGUCCUCCUUCCAGAGGAGUUUGUGGUGUUGGGUUCUCCUCUGUUGGAUCAUUUGAAAUAUAUUAACAACGACCAACAAUGCAGCCCACAGAGGGAGCAAGAUGAACUGAAUGAAGUGGCUGAGGGAGGGAAUGUACAGAAACAAGAUGAACUGAAUGAAGUGGCUGAGGGAGGGAAUGUACAGAAACAAGAUGGAGGACUGGUAUAUUGAUAAGACAAAUAUUUUUCUCUGGUCCCAAUAUGAAAAGUGGAUCACUUGGUAUCUAUCUACCAAAACAAAUGAAAGAAAUCCUAAAACUAUCUUCCUCACAUUGCUGCUCUGUCUGUUGUGUUCCUCCUUUCCUUAGCUUAGGGACCUUGGAGAUUGAAGCCUCCAGAGAGACACAUUGCGGUAGGGACUUGUGGGUAAAAUGGCAUCUCCAUGCAGCCGUUCCCUCGCUAGCUAGAGAAACUCCUCACUAAAAUAUUCACUCUCAUCUCCACUAAACGCACAGGAGCAAUGUAAGGGGUGUCACGAUGAUAUCUGCUCCCUGCUAUUCUCGUCUCUCUCCUGUGGGACAACGUUUGUUCCGGCUACAGUAGCCUUGUUUCUGCUGCAUGUGACAGUACUGGGGAAGGGAAGGGAAGGGGAAGUUUGGCAGCAGAAGUGGUCGAUGUAGUUGUGGUUAAGUAGAAUGUCAGACUCUUUAUGUUGCAGUAGGCCGCCUCUUUCUACCUCAUUUUCUCUCUGCUAUUGUGCCACCAACUGGAAGUAGGCACAGAAUUUAGUUUGGGACAUUCUGAAAUGAUAAACAACUUACUGAAGGAGGUAGUCAUCCAGAUGAAGAGUGCAUGAAAGGGGGAUUGAUAGGAGGGAGGGAAUGGAUAGAGGGAAACCGUACACCUGUUCUCAUCUCUGGAGAGACUGGGAGAGAGGGAUUAGGAUGAAUUGAUAGAGGGAGUCAAAGGAAAGGCUCUGAAACAGCAGGGCUGUUCUUCCUCUCCUCCGUUUGAUCCCCCUCUUCUUGUGGUGUUCCUGACAGGAAGAGUUUGAUUGCUAAUGAGCCAUGAAGUCACCGCUCAGCUUAGCCCACACGCACACCAAAUGACCACCGCUUGGAUGUUAUGACGUGGACAUUUUCUCUCUCUCUCUCUCUCUCUCCCCGUCUCUCUCCUCCCCAGUCUUUCUCCAUCACCUCUCUCUACCGUGUGUGUGUGUGUGUGUGUGUGUGUGUGUGUGUGUGUGUGUGUGUGUGUGUGUGUGUGAUUUACACAGGGCUGUGUGGAGGUCAGGGAUACAGGGAGAGCAGAGGGAGUAUUUCAUGCCUCCCUCCCUACGUGUCAAACACCCCACUUACUGUAGCCCCUUCCUCCUGCCAGACCUGACUCAGAAAGCCAUGGUGGAGUCAUGCCCUGCUCACUGUACAUCUCAGCUUUCAUAGGUUGAUUAGUCAGGUUCUAUAGCAAUCCAAAUACAUGAUGGCAUAUUUGCAUCUGUAGCCAAUUAAGAUAUAAAUGAAUUGAUUGAUUCUGUGCACACACAGGGGGUGUAUGACCUGUUAUAGGACCUAUGUUGACUAGCAGAGCUCUGGGUAUAAUCCUUCAUGAUUCAGACAGACCGGAGCCUGAUAGUUUAGUGACUCAUUUGUCUUUCUAACAAGACAGUCGAGGGCUGUUCAAGCCAAUAUCACCAUGUACAACAAUUAUACAUCACUAGAGGCAAACAGUUGACCACUGAAAGGCUAUAACCAGCUGUCUUCCUGAAGAGCCUUAGUUUCCUACCCGCAAUACCCCAGAUCUGAAUCAACCCCUGAACGAUUCCUAUCUCAUGACUCCCCUGUGAUUCAUUGUGUUCCCUGGUUAGUCAGGGGGCGGCAGCGUAGCCUAGUGGUUAGAGCGUUGGACUAGUAACCGAAAGGUUGCAAGAUCGAAUCCCCGAGCUGACUAGGUACAAAUCUGUCGUUCUGCCCCUGAACAAGGCAGUUAACACACUGAUCCUAGGCCGUCAUUGAAAAUAAGAAUUUGUUCUUAACUGACUUGCCAUUUAAAUAAAGCUAAAAAAAAAAUAAAAAAAAAUCUGUGGGGUUUCCUUGGCUGCCCUGACCAGGCGAGGAGCCUGAUUGGCCCAUUAAGCCUGGGUCUGUUUCUGGGUCACGGCCAGCCAGAGGUCAUGGGGUCACAGAGAAACGCACAUAUUACACACACUCUGGUGAGAGAGCGAUGUGCAGUAGUGUUCCAGGAUGACGUUAACUCUUGUAGUGGCUGUUGACCUUGGAGUGGGGGAGAGGAAGGAACUGGGAGGAAUGGAUGGAUACUGACCCACUGCGACUCGCCUAACCAUCAGCACUUGAUAACACCAUAGCCUAAGUCUGUCAGUCCUCAGUAUGCAUAAACAUUAUAGAUACAGUAAAAUGCAACCAUUUUACUUCCAUAUGCGUCUAAGUAUUUUGCUUUGCAACAUGGAAUUUUAAUUUUGGAGCACCGGUGCGCCUAGAAAAAUGUAGAAUUCCAGCUUUAUUACCUCAUAUUUUUUACUGUGCUCCUUAAUUUCUUUAACUUAGCCACACACGUGCUCCUAAAAAAGGUCAACGUAGAGGCCUGUAGUGAACUACUUAUCAUGACCACUAAGAAACACGCAUCUCCAAUCUUUGCACUUGUGUGUAACACCAAAACAGGAUAUGCCCACUAGUUAUAUUUGUAUGAAGGUGAUGAAGUGUCUCUGGAGAAAUAUUGAUAAUGUCCUUCAGUUUGUGAUGUGAAGAGGGAGGGAAGGGAGAAAGUUGUAUGUAUAUUUUGGUGUGAGGUAUCUGUAUACUAUAUAUGUACGGAUCUUUAUUUUUCUUGUCGAACUCCUGUGAAAAAAAUGCGGAUAUUGAUCAAUGUGUAAAUAACUGCUGUAUAGUCGAUGUUGUCAUGUGGAACUCACUUCCUGGUUUGGCCAAGGUCAAAGUUCAAUCAGAGCCAAUAAUACUGUACUCCGAUUGUAACUGUUUGAAUAGACAACCCUUCAAUGAAAAGGUAUAGGAUGUAUAAGAUCAUCUUCAACUAUUAAAUACUGCUGAAUCUAGUUCAUCUCAAGAACAAUAGUUGAAAUGCAUGUAAACAUUUUAGUUUUUCAGCUAGGAUGAUGACUGAAAUAACUGGAUUGGCAGGUUCACUAAACUGAAUCAACAUACUUAAGAUACCUGCCCCUUCACCCAUAAACACACACACUAUAUAUCAGAUAGACUAGCUCCCACAGAGGCAGUGAUCUGUGUGGUUUCUGAGUCAGCGCUGUGUGUGUGUGGCUCAGAGGCUUUGGGACAUCUGUCAGUGCUACAGGGUGUGUAACCCGAAUGGCCAUUUCCUGUCCCCUCUGUCUCUUAGCAUAGGGAGUUAGAGGAGAUAUUACUGUACACUGUCCCCUGCAGCCUGAUCUCUCUCUCUCUCUCUCUCUCACUCACUCACCACUCACUCACACAGAAAGGAGGAACUAGUAGGAGAGACACUUCCCCAAAUGCACACAAACACUUAGUGGUCCGAACUCUGUCAGAACAUUCACAGACUCUUCUGUUCUCCAGAGACUGGGAGAGAGCCACACACACACACACUCACACACACACACACACCUCUUGCCCACUGUCAGGGAUUUAAGGAACAUGUGUUCUGAGAACACUGUCUGAGAAUCAUCUGUACUGUUGCUCUCUCUCUCUGUGAGGGCUGCGUUUUUAAAGCUUUGAUAAAAUAAAUGCCCAAUUGGCCAAUCUUUUACCACAUUUAUUUUUUAAGUAAAUGCUUUCUGGGAAUGUACUUCUCUUGAUCCUCGCUUGUACUGCCUGGCACAAAGGUUUUAAAAUCAAAAUGCUUUUAGAGAGUUGACGUGAUGUUCCUGACCUGUAGCGAACACAGAGUUGGGUUGUUGUUUAGUUGUUGUUGAUAAUCCACAUCGUCCUCCCCUGGCUCUAAACACUGAUGACUAAUCGACGCCUUAACUUCCUGGUCGUCUCCAUCGCUCCCCCUGACGUGUACAUAGUAUAAAUACAGUAUCUAGUAGAAAGAAAAAUAAAGAAUGAAUCAUUUAUGGUGUCACGUGUUGUAUUUCUCAGCGCCAAGCAUGAAGGAUUUAUUCUCUUCUGUAUCAAUGCUUAUUUUACAAGUCCUUAUCUUUUUAUCUCUUAUUGCAGUGCUUUAUAAUUUGUUUUUGGAGUGCUUUAUUUCUCGUCUGCUUUGCUGAGACUACUACGCCAAAACGGGCUUAAUGUGCUUUUACCGUGCACCAUUUUGUACAGUGCACACUCGAAACAAUCUUACCACAAAAUGUGCUUUUUAUUCACCGCUCUCUGAACUUGUUUAUUUUAUUUUUUAAAGUAACCUUUUAGAAUUUGUCACUAUUUGUCAUGUCUUUCUAUUUUGUCUUUUUUUGUAUUUGGUUGCAAUUAAAGUUUUCUUGAUUUUUGAAAUGA